GGACGACACCCCUUGUGAAGUGGAAUAGAAUGUUACAAUAACUAACGAAAAUAUUUUAAUAGAAAAUUUUAAAGGAUUGUAAAUAAAUAUAUAUAUAUAUAUAUAAAGNGGGGGUUUUCAUAUGUCGAUUUAGCAAAAUGGGCGGAAGAAAGGUUAUUAGAGCGGAGGUUGAUGAUUCGCCUGUCUUCCUCCAUUUCUUUUCAAAAUAAAAUGCUGAAGGUUACAAAACCACAGUUAACUAUCCCAUUGAAUAUAACUGAUUGGAUGAUAUGGCUUGCCGGUGUAUGUGGAAUGGCAAGGUGUGAAUUUGACGGGUUUUUGCAAGACCCCUGUGUGUUGUCCUGACAACUUUAGCUAGCUGUCCUUGCGGGGAGAUGGUUGGAUCCAUGAAGUAAAAAAUAAAUGUAAAAUGUAAAAUGUAAAAUUGUGAAACUGCGGCUAAUUCCACACUUGACCAUUAAAUUUCGCGUGUGGUGCUACGAUGUAGUGAUUUGUCGUGGGAAAGUGGGAAAAAGAUAAAGGGUUCUCCAAGCUAGAAAUUGGUAAGCUGCAAGAACGAAUGUGUAUGUUAGAAAACUAAGUAGUUUUGGCAGUAAUAAGAACCCAAAAUAUAUACCAGAAGACAAGCAAACUGCCAAUAUUUGAGAUCCUGUAAAUGUCAUGAAUGGUACAAAAGACAAAAAUGAAACUGCGGUAUAGAGGGAACAGAAGAGUAAGAAUGCCAAUAAGAAGGUAUUAUAAAGACUCAAGUUGCCAGCUGGAAAAGAGUAUACAUUUAUUUCUGCUGAUCUUCUGUUCAAGUGGUCACUAUUAACUGGCAGCAAUGUAAACAUGUCAUGCAACAAUCUGCUGCAAUUGGAAACAAGGCAGGAGCAGGAGCCUGGUUUAAGGCAAAGAUGUUAGGACGAUUGUCCUCGCAAGAGAUGGGAGGUGAAGGGAAAGAAAACAAUGCUCGUAGGAGGGAUCUAGAUGAGGAAUCAGCAGCUGUUGUCAGUCAGAGCCAUUUCCAUGGUUACACAGUUCGAUGCAGAUGGGGACUUGAAUUGGAAGCUCGUGUGAGGAAGGUCCUGGAAACUUGUCACAAUCCUGACACACCAGGAGAGCCCUUCAGGAAUCAAAUGGAGACUCUUGAUAUGGAUGCCCAGCGUCGUGAACUUCUAUUCUUGCAGGCCCAUGACAGUGUCCUGAGGGAACAAAGCUUGCUAAGUGCUUGGCAUCAAGCUGCAUUUCCGUCAAACAGCCAACAGUUGAUAAUAAAAAUAAUAAUAACAACAAUAAUAAGAAGAACCUGUCACCGAGGAGUUGUUCCAUGAGCUGAUUGGGGUGGUUUUCUAUGGAGUUAUGAUGUGUGGUGGCUUUCUUGCAUAUUGUUUCCUGUACGGUUGGUACCUGU